AUGGAUUUGAGCCCUCGUGAGUCAAAAAAAAUUGACCUACUGUCAUGUUUUUCGUCAAAACACGGACAGCAUGUGAGCGCAGGGGAAGUCCAAUUCGAAAAUCAUCGGAUUCGUCGGAUUCGGAGCGGUUUUGUUUCCAGGAUAGCCUCAACAUUUUCUGCAAAAAGAACACCAAGGCGCCAGGAAAGAGCAGAAGUGAACACCAUCCACAUCAACACUGCGAUCUCGGCUUGUCGUAGGGAAAAAAGCUGGGAAGUGCCUUUGACCUUUUUGCAUCAGAUCAAGAACUGGUCGUUUCUUCCCAGCCCCGUCACCUUCAACGGCCUGAUGAGUUGCCACUGGCGUCCUUCGCUGCAGCUACUGGAAUUGAUGGGCCACCAGGAACUGUCGCCCACUGUGGUGUCGUACAACACGGCCAUGGCACUCUGUGUCGACGGAGCCUGGCAGAUGGCGCUGGAACUCUUCGAAUGCGGCGCCAUUUUUCAUGGCGCUGAUCAGAUCGGAUAUAGCACGGCCAUCAAGGCAUGUGAAGCUGGAAAUCUCUGGCAAGGAGUCAUCAACUUGCUGGAGCUCAUGAGUCAGCAGCAUUUGACCCCAGAUGUUAUCACCUUGAGUGCAGCAAUCAGUGCUUUGGGAUCUCAAUCCGAGUGGCACCUGGCACUUCAUGUGCUCCAAGACAUGUCCGGGCACCAUGUGAUGCCUAACACCGUUUCCUUUGGAGCGGCCAUGAGUGCGUGCGAGAAUGGUCGACAAUGGCGACAUGCUCUCGCUUUGCUGUUGAAGAUGUUCGAGCAGAAAGUGUUGCCCAAUGAGCUUUGCUACGGCUCUGUGAUCAGCGCGUGCGAAAAAUCCAACUGCUGGCAAAGAGCUUUGGAUUUGAUGCUGUCUAUGCCACUGAUGCGAUUGCACAUAGACGCCCCCAGCUGCUAA